AUGGAAAUUGAUGCUCUUCAAGUCAAUCAACCAGGAUUGCUGCUCGGGAAUCAGGAGUCCACUGUCUGUUUUGCGAUCCAAAGCUAUUUACACAAUCGAUUCCAAGAUGAGCCACAGAUUUAUGAACAAUUCAUAGGAAUUAUUCAGAAUUUUCAUGAAGACGAAGAAAUGUUACGCGAAGAUCUUGAGGCGACCGUUGGAGAGAUUUUGCAAGGACAUGAUGAUCUAAUUCAAGAGUAUCAGCGCAUCCGCAUACUUUUCGAUGCACGAGAAGAUUUCGAGCUGGCCAGAGAACAAGUCGAGGAGCAGGAGAAAGAAGCGCGCCGGAGAAUCGCAAGUGCGGAAAGACAAGCAGCGCAUAUACGAGCGUGCGAGGCGCAGAGUAAAUCCGCGCUCCUGCGUCUCCCGAGGGAAAUCAGAGAUGCGAUUUGGAAUGAGGUCGUGCGGGGGAAUAUAGUGCAUAUUUCCCGGAUUGACGGUGUUGAUGCUUCGUCGUCGUCGUCGACAUCUUUUAAAUACCAUUCGUGCGUGGCGACCACGGGACUCAAAAGCUCGGCCUGUCCGGCGGGAGAGGGGGAUCAUGCGCUGUGUGCGAGAAGCAGGCGCUCGGAUUUUCCUUCCUAUCGUUUGGUGUGCAGACAGAUGAAUCUGGAACUUCCGGAAGCGAGAGCAACGUUUUUUGCGAAAAAUGCGCUGCAUUUUGAUAAUGUGGAGGAUGCGGAGGAGUUUCUUUUCGGGUUGAAGGAGUGUGAGCGAGCGGCUAUCACGCAUAUCAGAUUACCGGUUUCGUAUUGGUUGGCAAUGGAAAAUCAUGAUGAGGGAAGAAGGGAGUUUAGAGCAUGGGAAGCGAUUAUGAAUUAUUUUAGUUGUCCAUGGGCUCGAGACACGCUCCAUCUAUAUGAAGAGGACUCACAGUUCUUGAAAGAACCAUGGUUCUUUUACUAUUCCUCCUGUUAUUACUACGAAAACAGGGAUCGCAUGUACAAAAAAUGGCAAGUCGGAUUCGGUAACACAAGUUGGGAUAUAGAUAUUGCAUCUCUCCGCUACAAAGCCGAGCCCAGAAUCGAUAUCGGGAUGAGCUAUCCGGAAUCUGCACACAGCACCCUCUUCCGUCUGCGUCCCCGCAACCACAUCCCUUUUUCAACACAAUUCGACAAUCCCCCACCAUGGCUCCGCUCCCUCCUCCAAUUCCGCCAAUACUCCGGGUUGAAUUUUCAUUUCUGGGCCUCCGAACCCACUUCUAAAGAGUAUGGAAUUCUGCGCGUUCCUCGACACGAAGCGUUUAUCGAAGCCUUGCAGGAACAAGUCUCGCGCUCGGAAAUUGGUCCCUGGAAACUCGUAGAGUUUAGACAGAAGCCGUUUGGAAAUCCGGAUAGGGCGUCGUUGAGGAACUUGUAG